CCCAAAUACCCCCUAAUCGCGUUAUCAUGUGCAACUUUUGCUCAAUUUGGCACCGUCGCCUCGCGUGAGAGAAGAGCUCCGACGAUGCUAGUAGUAGAGUCUGGUAAAACCUUUUGUUUGUAAAGAGGACAAGACGAGGACGUUGGAGAAUAAUGCUGGGCGGAGGAUUGUCACCGGAGUUUUGGAGGGAAAGCGGAAGCGGAAGCGGAAGCGGAGGUGGAGGUGGAUGGGCCACUAAUACUUUGGUGGUUCUACUCCUCGUAUCGAUUUGUCAAUUGAUUGUGAAAACUAGGCUUUGGUUGGAGUUCAUAUCCUCAUCCUCAUCCUUCGUCAAUGUUCGAUUGAGUUCUGUCGUCUCCCCUUCUCCUAACACUGACUUGAAAUUGAAGAAUCCCACCGUUUCGCAUUCUGCCAACUCCCAAAUCCGAAUUUCCGGGAUCAUAUCAGAUUUGGAUUUGAAGAAUUUAAUUGACAAUUUGGAUGAGAAGUCCCCUGGGUAUCAGAAAUGGGAUAAUGUCGUAGACAGACGUAACAGUCUUCUUGCUUACAGUGCAAAAUGCUGUAAACCAAAGGAUGGUCCCCUGAAAUAUUUAAGUGUGACAAUUUUUGAGAAUUGUUCUGCAAAGAUGCUGAGAGAUUUCUACAUGAAUAAUACUUAUAGAAAGAAGUGGGACAAAACCCUGAUUGAGCAUGAGCAGUUGCAGGUUGAUGAAAGUAAUGGGACUGAAAUUGGUCGAACAAUAAAAAAGUUUCCGUUUCUGACACCAAGAGAGUACAUAUUAGCUUGGAGAGUCUGGGAAGCAAAAGAUGGAACCUCCUACUGUUUUAGUAAGGAAUGUGAACAUCCUUUGGCCCCCAGACAGAAGAAGUAUGUACGUGUUGAAUUGUUUAGAUCUGGUUGGCAAAUCAGGAAAGUUUUGUGUGAUUUCCUUGUCACAGUACCUGGCAGAAAUGCUUGUGAGAUCAAAAUGGUGCACCAGGAAGAUGCUGGUUUGAACGUUGAGGUGGCAAAGUUGGCCUUUGCAAAGGGCAUUUGGAGUUACGUCUGCAAGAUGGAUAACGCGUUGCGCAAAUACCCUUCCGCCAACUGUCCUCAAUCAAGUUUGGGUGACACUGCAAUCACUCGCAUUCAGAAGGUCCCGAUGGGAUUAGAUACCAAAACCAAUACAUCUGGCCCAGCUUUUCCGGAAGCCUCUGCAACAAGUGCGUCUUGUUGCGAAAUUGCCCGUGAAGGCAGUGAAAGGAAACUCUCAAGAAGGCCUUCAAGUAAAUUGAUAGCCAAUGGGCUAAUUCUCCUUGGUGGUGUAAUCUGCAUGUCUCGUGGUCACUCUAAGUUGGGUGCAAUGGUAGCGAUGGCAUGCAUCUUGACUAAGUUGACUAAGCGCGAUCCUCCAUUAAGCCAAAGCAGGCAAACUUAGGCAUGCGCUUGUUGCAGCUUGAACUGCUGAUACAGGUUCUUUAACUGUACCAUGCUCCGUAAUCGAAGACAUCAGUGGCACCACACUUCCCUGGUUUGCUUGAAAUAUUUGGUGUUGACAUUACUGGAGCGGUAAAUAUUUUGGUAAAUAUUUCUAUAUUUGGAAAACUGGUUUCCAUGGAAUAUAUAUUAUUAGAGGAGGCUGUUUUGUUUUCUGUCUACUUAUGCCUUCGUCUUGUAUUCCUUUUGCCCUUUUUUUUCUUUCACCGUCAAACAUUUUUAACGCCUGCAAGGGUAGUCUUGCAAGUUGUUGUAAAGUAAAUAUAUGUACGCUAACACUCCGUGCUUGGAUAAGAAAGAUGGCUUUUUUUAUGUUUGGUUUAUAAA